CCCCCCUCCCGCCCCAGCCCCCGCUCCGCGCCAGUUCCCGCCACCAACCCACCGCCGGCGGCCAUGGACAUGUCGGCGAUCGCCGCCCGCCUCGGCCUCUCGGGGUCCCGCCCCGUCGUGCGCAAGGCCGCCGAGCUCCGCCGCCUCUGCGACAUCAACUUCGACUCCUCCGUCCUCGGCAUCGGGGAGGUGUGCAAGGCCAUCAUCUGCCUCGAGAUCGCCGCCACCAAGUUUCAGGUGAUAUUUGAUCGGUCAGAGGCGGUGCGGAUGAGCGGGAUGUCGGAGAAGGCAUACAUCAGAUCGUUCAACGCGCUGCAGAAUGGGCUUGGCGUCAAGACGACAUUGGAUGUGCGUGAAUUGGGCAUCCAGUUCGGCUGUGUCAGGUUGAUACCUUUCGUGCAGAAGGGGCUGGCGCUGUACAAGGAGCGUUUCUUGGCUGCAUUGCCUCCUUCUCGCCGCUCCAGCACGGACUUUGGCCGGCCAGUGUUUACUGCUGCAGCAUUCUAUUUAUGUGCAAAGAGGCAUAAGCUCAAAGUUGACAAACUGAAGCUAAUUGACCUCUGUGGUACAUCUAGCUCUGAAUUUACAACGGUUUCAACAUCCAUGGGAGACCUUUGUUUUGAUGUUUUUGGGAUAGCCAAGGAGAAGAAGGAUCCAACCUCCAUCAAAGGGAAUAGAGAACUGCUGGAUGUUUUGCCUAGCAAAAGGAAACAUGAGGAUGACAGCGAUCAUUCUGAUGAAUCAUCAGGGGAUGACAACGAUGAUGAGCUUGAUCUACCAACUCACAAAAGGCACAAGAAGAUGGAGAAACAAGCGUACAAUCAGUGGAAGUCUUCAGUUAUCUCCACCAACAAGCAAACCAAACCAGACCCUACUAAGCCCAGGAAGCAGGCUCAGCUGAACUUCAAGAAGAAGCUGCCAGACGCCGCCUUGGAAGUGCCGCCACCAGCCAAUUAAAUGAACAUGGAAGGAUUGGAAUAGCUGAAAGCCUGAGAGCUGGGGUGUUUUGCUGUGCACAAUCGUAGAGCUAGUCCUUGAUGCAAAAAGGGUACUUGUGGGCUGUGGCUGCAUCCCUCUUCGUUUUUGAUAUGUUUUGUAAGGCGCUGACAUGGUACAAAGUGUUAUACAAUCAGGUGAUACUUUUUUUUU